UUAACUUUCUCACACUCUCUCUCUCUCAAGAACAUAAAUGUUUAACACAAAAGCCAUGUACAUAUAGACUUCCAACUCCCAAGACCUCAUCUUUCUUGAACCUGCGAAUUCAAAUCUACAAUUAGAUAAAACCCUAGCUUUUCAAUAUAUCCCACCCACCAAUAUCCACUGACGCGUGUCAAACAAACAACACAUAGUUCCUCCCUCUCUUCCCUGAACUUCCAAGGCCACCAUGCAAGUCCAAUCAACAGAAGCCUAACUCUUUCCUACUUUUUCUUCAUCAAUUAUUUACCAAACAUAGCAGCCAUGAAAGCUGAACAGAGAGGAAACGCGUCUGUUUCUCUACAAAACCCUACUCUCUUCAACAACACCCUUCACAGUCCUCUUUCAGGUGCCCUUAAUGGGUGUCUCGGAAGCCUUGAUGGAGCUUGUUUAGAAAAGCUUUUACUUCACUGUGCGAGUGCUCUAGAGACCAACGAUGUUACUUUGGCUCAACAAGUUAUGUGGGUGCUAAACAACGUUGCUUCUUCUGUUGGUGACCCUAACCAAAGGCUUGCUUCUUGGUUUUUGAGGGCACUAAUCUCAAGGGCCUCUAGGGUUUGCCCAACAGCGAUGAACUUUAAUGGAAGCAGCACCAUUCAAAGGAGGUUGAUGUCGGUGACCGAGCUAGCCGGGUAUGUUGAUCUAAUCCCUUGGCAUCGGUUUGGCUUUUGUGCAUCAAAUAGUGCCAUUUUGAAUGCAAUUCAAGGGUUUCCAAGAGUUCAUAUCUUAGAUUUUAGCAUCAGUCAUUGUAUGCAAUGGCCUACUCUCAUCGACACGCUGGCUAAAAGGCCGGAAGGUCCUCCUUCACUUCGAAUCACAGUGCCCUCUAGUAGGCCACCAGUCCCUCCUUUACUUAAUGUAUCAACUGAAGAAGUUGGCCUUCGUUUGGGAAAUUUUGCUAAGUUUAGGGAUGUUCCUUUUGAAUUUCGUGUCUUUGAUAAUUCAUCAUCUCCAUCUACAUUAGGUGAAGUAGCUAAGUGCAAAGAGUCACCUAGUUUUCACUUUGAAUCUUUAUUGGCCCACUUGAAUCCUUCCACUCUAAACCUUAGGGAUGAUGAAGCUUUGGUAAUAAAUUGCCAACAUUGGCUACGUUAUUUGUCUGAUGAGCAAAAUGGGAGUCCUCACGGUGCUUCAUUGAGAGACACUUUCCUAGAUAUAAUUAAGGGACUUAACCCUCAAAUUAUAGUGGUAGUUGAUGAAGAUUCUGAUCUUAGUGCUUCAAGUCUCACAUCAAGAAUUACCACUUGCUUUAAUUACCUAUGGAUACCCUUUGAUGCCUUGGAAACUUUCUUGCCCAAAGAAAGUUGCCAAAGGAUGGAAUGUGAAUCCGAUAUUGGUCAUAAAAUUGAAAACAUUAUUAGUUUUGAAGGGUUUCAAAGAAUAGAGAGGUUAGAGUCUGGCAUUAAAUUGUGCCAAAGAAUGACCAACUCCGGUUGGGUAAGCAUUCCGUUCUGCGAAGAGACUGUGAAGGAAGUGAAGGACUUGCUUGAUGAACAUGCCAGUGGAUGGGGCAUGAAGAAGGAAGAAGAUAUGUUGGUCCUCACAUGGAAGGGUCACAACUCAGUCUUUGCCACGGCUUGGAUCCCAAAUGGGUUGGAGGAUUAAGCGGGUGUGGACUGAAGUGUCCUAAAAAAAAUGCUACAUAAGUCGCUUAAUUGGACCUACAUUGAGAUGGAGAUUGAGGUUUUCUUCAGUGGUCCAGAUGAUGAAGAGGCACUGACAAAACACGUCGCUUUUUUCUCUUUGUCAAAAGGCUGCAAAUGGGCACAAGACAAAAAUUGAAAAUCGGCAGCAUUUUGAGAAUAACUUCUAUGCCUACUUUGUACUGGAGCUCUAGUAAAGCUCACAUGAAGGGCAAAGAGAUAAAUUUUACAUAAUUGUCUUUGUAUGAGACAAAAUCUUUAUCACUUUUCUUCCCCAUGUAUGCAUGUUCUUGUUUCAA